GUCAAAUAGUGUCAGUGUCAGUUCGGUUUCGUGCUAAAUGGGUUGCCUUUGAUUUGUUGCUUCGAUUUUCAAAAUUUUUAGACUUUUUCGAAAUAAUGAGUGCCACCGGGGGAAUACUGCCUACUUACCAACGUUUCGUAAACACUCCAGUGCCUUUUAGACGUUCCUUUAGGUCCAAAGAAAAAUUUAUCAUAUUCCUGGUUUUCGCGACGUUUUGCCUGGUUUGUUUUGGUACAUUUUUUUAUCUCCCAGAGUUCAGGGGCACAGGGGGCCGAGUUUAUGAUCACAUAAAAAGAGCCGGGCCUGACCUACUGAUUCCACCGCCUCCACAACUGGAGGACACUAGGGAGGCCCAAAAGUUUAUUAGGCAUGAAGAGGAUGCCAAAGAUGACCCCCAUAUUAUUGGGGACAGGGAGAAACUUAGGGCAAAAAUAGAGGAAGACUCUGAUCUAAAAGUGCUCGAACGUCCAGAUGAGGCCAUAAUUGUACCAAGACGAAUUUCAACAGGCGAUGCACCUCCGAAGGAUCAAGACAACCUUGAAGACCGCAAUGUCAAUCAGUUGGAUGAAGUCUUAGGACCCGAAAUCGUAACUGUACCUCCAGCAGCCGCUCAAAGCUAUCCAAUCAGGCAAGGAGGAGAAGAUCGGGAAGCUAGUGUAAGAGAGAAGAGGGACAAGGUGAAAGAGAUGAUGAAACACGCAUGGGACAACUACGUCAAAUAUGCGUGGGCCAAGAACGAACUCCGUCCAGUGUCCAAACGUGGACACCCAGGUAGUAUAUUUGGCACUCAGCCAUUGGGAGCAUCCAUAUUAGACGGUUUGGACACAUUGUACAUUAUGGGAAUGUUUGAUGAGUUUAAGAAGGCCAGGGAUUGGGUCGAUAAGGAAUUUGAUGUUAAUAAUGUGGUUGCUGACGUAUCAGUAUUUGAAGUAAACAUUCGAUUUAUUGGGGGUUUGCUGACUUGUUACGCUUUAACGGGGGACGUCAUGUUUAGAGAUAAGGCCCAGAAAAUUGCAGACAAAUUGCUCCCAGCAUUUAAUACACCCACUGGCAUUCCUAAUGCCCUGGUCAAUUUUAAAACCGGAUCAAGUAAAAACUAUGGAUGGGCAAGCGGAAGCUCUAGCAUCUUAUCAGAAUUCGGCACCCUGCAUCUGGAAUUUUCAUACCUAAGCGAUAUCACAGGCAAAACUAUAUACAGGAACAAAGUGGAUAAAAUUCGACAAGUUUUAAAUACUAUAGAGAAACCGAACGGCCUAUAUCCCAACUAUUUGAACCCUAGAAGUGGAAAAUGGGGACAACAUCACAUGUCAAUGGGAGCCUUGGGCGACAGCUACUAUGAAUAUCUUUUGAAAGCAUGGCUGCAAAGUGGACGUGAAGAUAAUGAAGCUCGACAGAUGUUCGAUGAAGCGAUGGAGGCUGCCAUGAAGCACAUGCUUCAAGAAUCACCUGGCGGGCUGACGUACUUUGCAGAAUUAAAGUUUGAAAGGGUAGAACACAAGAUGGAUCAUUUGGCUUGCUUCUCAGGUGGUAUGUUAGCUUUAGCCUCUAGAACACUUAAAGAUGACCAUUCGACGUCAUACAUGGAUAUUGCCAAGAGAAUUACUCAUACUUGCCAUGAGUCAUAUGACAGGACGUAUACUAAGCUGGGGCCAGAAUCAUUUAGGUUUACCGAAGGAGCAGAAGCUCGUGCCCUAAAAAGUUCAGAAAAAUACUACAUUCUCCGACCGGAGACCAUAGAGUCUUACUUCUAUCUCUACCGGUUAACCAAAGAUGAAAAAUAUCGGGAUUGGGGAUGGGAGGCGGUCAAGGCUCUGGAAAAGCACUGUAGGGUGCCGGGUGGAUACACAGGUAUUAAAAAUGUGUAUUCGGAAGAUCCCCAACAAGACGACGUUCAGCAAAGUUUCUUCUUGGCUGAAACUUUGAAGUACUUGUACCUGCUGUUCUCCGACGAAGAUUAUUUCUCAUUAGACCAGUGGGUCUACAAUACUGAAGCCCACCCGUUACCAAUUAAGGGAGUAAACCCAUUUUAUAGGGAAGCGGCCGCUUAACACUCGGCGCAUACCUCCUUUGAAUCCAUCGAUUUUUUAACCGACAUCGAUGACAGCUAUGAGAUCGAGUGAGUUAGCAAAUAGUGACAAAUUUCACAUAUUAUAGGAAGUGUGAAUGUUUAUAGGCAAGAGCGAUAUAUUUAUGUGUGAAUGUGUAUAUAAUGGUUUUUAUACACGUUUGGAUAAGAAAAGGUGAACUUAUUAAUUUAAUUUGACAGUAUAGUAGUUAAAGUGGACCAGUUUUUAUGUUUAAUUUGUGUGAUUUUCGUUGGUUGUGCCUCAAAGGAAAUAUAAUAAUUGUUUAUAAAUCUUGUUUUUCGCUAAUGUUGUUUUGAUUUUUUUUUAAUAAUUUAUGUGGGUUGAAUAAAAAAAAUUUCAAUUAAAAAAUGUACAUUAGUCAAUAUUAUGGUGUACAUAAAGUAUAUGACUAGGGAAUAAAUUUAUUAUAUAAAGAGAUUAUCUUUAAUGCUGUUUUCUCUUUUUGCGCUAUUUUAUUAGUGAAUAAAUAUUCAUAUUAAAGAAUAAAAAGAAGACUAAAUACGUGAAUAUUGUUCUAAAAGCAACAAAAUCAGUUUUCUUUAAAAUUCACUGUUUGACGUAAAAAAAAGGUGCUACAAGAAGUACAAUUUAACGUAUUUCACCUUGCUUUAAAUAGGGUAAUGGCAUUAAAUUUGCGCUCCGCAUAAAUAAAUGUUCAUUUUAGACUGAAGCAUAUAAUAGAUUAAAUGUAAUUGUCCGCUUAAUCAUUAUUUUGUUAAAAAAUAGAUAGAAAAUUGAACUGUUUUUGUUUUCACCAAUUUCCCACGGAAAUUGUAAAUUUUGUAAAUCCAAAUAGUACCUCAUAGUUUUUGUAUACGUUGUAUUGUUAUGCAAGAGAAUAAUUUAUGUAGUUGUAAAUGGUAAAGGUGUUGUUGCUAUGUGUGUUUAAAAUUAACCUAUUAGGUGAUAGUUGGUGUAUAUACGAUCGUAUAAAAGGUGUUGUAAAAAUGUAGUACGCAGGCGUAGUCCUAAAAUUAUUAUUUAAUUCGGAUAUUUCUUUCUAGCUCUUUAAGAUAGUAAUGGAAAACAAAUUACUUCAGUUUCUCAAGUAUAAUACCAAGAUAACGAUCCAGUCUCUUUACUUUUUUAUGAUAAACUUAAAAUUUGGGAAAAAUUAUAUCAAAAAAUAAAUAACAUUAUCAUAUCCGAUGGAUGCUAUGACUCCCACUUAAAGGACCCUUAUCUUGUGUUUGCUCGAUAUUUUUUCUGAUAUUUUUGUAUAAAACUGUGAUAAAAAAUAUUAAGAAAUGUAAACUUAUUUAACAUGUACCUAAUUGAAAUUUAAAAAAAAAACUAAAAAAUCUGACAACUGUCGUUUGUUUUGUGCAUACAAUAACAAAAAGUGUACAUCACAAUAAAAGUAAAUUUGGUAUAUGUACAUCACAAAAUAAAAGUUUUCUUCUUGAACUAUUGUAGGAAUACCUGAAUUCUUAAAUAUAAUAAUUUUUCUGUAGAUAAUCCACUCAAGUAACUUAAAUUUUCCCCAUUUUUGUUACCACUUAGUCAUUUAUCAAUUAAAAGCGUUUAUAUUAAAGAAAUGAAUUCGAUUCGAUUUAGUUUUUUUUUCAAAAUAGAGCGAGUUGUCGAUUUCACAGAUUUGUACUUAUAGUAACCAAAAAGCUUACUUUAGCAGACAUUUUAAGCUAUUUCAGCUAUUUCACUUAAAAUAUAGGCGACAACGUUUUAUCUUCUAUAUGGAAAAAAAACAAAUCUAAUCAAUGUUACUGAUACUUAAGUUAGGAACGUAGAAACAUUUUCUUGUGAUAAAUAGUUGCUGCUAAAAAUCACCCAUGCAUUUAUUAUUCCUAGACGUUCUAGAUGUUAGAAUCAUUUUUUUUACACUUUACCAAUUUUGUUUCUCUGUGACUGAACUUUUUAGAAACUUAACAAGUGUUUUGUUAAUAAAUGUAAAUUUUUAGGUCAGUUUUAAAUCUUAAAAAAAAAAGAGAUUUAAGAAGGAUAAACAAUCACCAAAGAUUCAAAUAAAAUUAAUUAUUGUUUCUUUGUCAAUUAUUACUGUUGCUUUUAAAAGCCCGGAAUACAAAUUCCGAAAAUGGUGCUAAGCCAUUUUUAAGGUACCAAAUAUAAAAUUAGCAUAUUUUACACAUAACUAAACCAAUCCAUGGCUAUGGUUUAGCCUCUUUUAGAGACCUUUAUGGUAAAGGCCACCUACGUCCUUUAUAACUCCUAAAACUACCUUUCUUUCAUUUUUCCUUGUAAGACUUCAUUUAUUAGCCAAACACUUCAAAUAUAAACCUAAUUUAUAUCAUUUCGAGAUAUAACAAAAAUUUUUGUCCAAUUUAAACUAGAAGCUUUUCAAAAACCCAGUAUGGCAGUAGUUAUUUGACAACAGAGUUGCAGUUUGAUCAAUGGUCCAUAACCAUCGUGUGCAGCAUGAGCUCCACACUCUCACACGAUCUCUCCUUUUAAUGUUUGAUCGAUUAUUUCCAAUCGGUUUGAAGGGUAUUUGAAAACCAAUUAUAUGGUUGUUUCAUGUGUGGUAAGUUUGUAGAUUAAAUAACAAAUAGGUAACUUUCUUUUUUCCCCAUUUAAAAUAACACGCUAAUGUACUGUAAAUAGUAUUGCUAACUUUUAGGUAGUUAGGGUACUGAAUUUUGUUCACAUUCUUAGUGAAAAAGAACUAAUUUUCCUAUUUAUUAAAUCCCUCGUGUACAUUAAUAAUUUUUAUUACGUCAAACUUUAGGGAAUAGGAAUAUGAUUCAUGACUGCUCGGUACUCUCUUGUAACAUAAGUUGUAUAAAAGAAAAUUAACAUUAUCAGAAUUUAACUUAAUAAAAAAAUUAUAUAAUUUAUAAAUUAUAACAUGGAUAUUCAGAUAAUUUAAUAUUUAUGUUAUGUUAUUAUUAAAAAUGUAACAUAUUUAUGUAACAGUAUAGCUAAUUGUGUUAUUACAGUAUCGAAAAUUAAAUAAACAGUUUGUUUUAAAA